UUUUUACUUCGUCAUUGUUUCUUUUUUCUUUUCUAAACUUCUCGUACGUCUUCUUCGACAUUUAUCUUUGCUUAUAAUGACAACUUUAUAUGAUUUUACUGUUAAAGACAUUCAAAAUAAUGACUGGAACCUUGGCGAUUUGAAGGGAAAGGUUGUAUUAUUUGUCAACGUUGCCUCUAAAUGUGGCUUUACCAAACAAUAUGCUGGUUUGGAAGAAUUAUACCAAAAGUACAAGGACCAAGGUUUUAUUGUUGUUGGUGCACCUUGUAACCAGUUCGGUAAUCAAGAGCCUGGUUCUGAAGAAGAGAUCCGUAACUUUUGUACGAUGAAUUGGAGUGUUACUUUUCCAUUGACAGCAAAACUUGAAGUCAAUGGAGAUAAUGAGGCACCUGUCUACCAAUGGCUAAAGUCAUCUCAACCUGGCAUUUUAGGAUUGAAACGUGUAAAGUGGAACUUUGAGAAAUUCCUCAUUGAUCGCGAAGGAAAGGUAGUAAACCGCUUUGCUUCCACAACCGAACCUAAAACAAUUGCCUCAGAAAUUGAGAAGCUUUUGUAAACAUUAUCUAUUUUCAUUCUCUAUUGACGAAGGUAGCUAACGCGUAUAUAUGAUGAGUAAAAGACAUUCAAUUGUACGACAUGUCGUACAGAUAGUCCUACAAUUCUAUCAAUUUUAUCAAUAAAUAUGGUAUACAGAGCAUAAGAAAAAAAAAAAA